AUGAUGUCCAUGAACAGCAAGCAGCCGCACUUUGCCAUGCAUCCCACCCUCCCUGAGCACAAGUACCCGUCGCUGCACUCCAGCUCCGAGGCCAUCCGGCGGGCCUGCCUGCCCACGCCGCCGCUGCAGAGCAACCUCUUCGCCAGCCUGGACGAAACGCUGCUGGCGCGGGCCGAGGCGCUGGCGGCCGUGGACAUCGCGGUGUCCCAGGGCAAGAGCCACCCUUUCAAGCCGGACGCCACAUACCACACGAUGAACAGCGUGCCCUGCACGUCCACGUCCACUGUGCCGCUGGCGCACCACCACCACCACCACCACCACCACCAGGCGCUGGAGCCCGGGGACCUGCUGGACCACAUCUCCUCGCCGUCGCUCGCGGCCGGGCAGGUGGCAGCGGCGUCGGCGGCCGCGGCCGUGGUGGGCGCGGCGGGCCUGGCGUCCAUCUGCGACUCGGACACGGACCCGCGCGAGCUCGAGGCGUUCGCCGAGCGCUUCAAGCAGCGGCGCAUCAAGCUGGGAGUGACGCAGGCCGACGUGGGCUCGGCGCUGGCCAACCUCAAGAUCCCGGGCGUGGGCUCGCUCAGCCAGAGCACCAUCUGCAGGUUCGAGUCGCUCACGCUCUCGCACAACAACAUGAUCGCGCUCAAGCCCAUCCUGCAGGCGUGGCUGGAGGAGGCCGAGGGCGCACAGCGCGAGAAAAUGAACAAGCCGGAGCUCUUCAACGGCGGCGAGAAGAAGCGCAAGCGGACUUCCAUCGCCGCGCCGGAGAAGCGCUCCCUGGAGGCCUACUUCGCUGUGCAGCCCCGGCCCUCCUCAGAGAAGAUUGCCGCCAUCGCCGAGAAACUGGACCUCAAAAAGAACGUGGUGCGGGUGUGGUUUUGCAACCAGAGACAGAAGCAGAAGCGGAUGAAAUUCUCGGCCACUUACUGA